CCACACGAUUCAUCCGAUGUGCAUCAAUCACUGCAGGAAUAUUUUUAAUCUCUUCAACAUCAUGUCAGAUAUUAUCAUCUUGAGGGGUGCCCUGUUCCAAAGAGACACACACAACACGUCAAACUUAUCAAAUCGGUUGAGACACAGCACACGUUCCUUCUGAUCCGCAGAAGUACAAAAAAUCAAAACAAGCCCGCCUCUUGUGAUCCUCACAGCCUUCACUUUACCCAUAACACACUCCACCAGUGUGGAUAGCUCAAAUGGAUUCUUCAAGAUUGGUAUUUCGAUCAGCUGCUGCUCAAGUAACAAACCACACUCCUACAAGAUAUGAAGAGACAUUCUCAGCACUGUACAAUACUUUUCUCUGUUUCCAUUCUUUUGGACAAUACUCCAAUUCUCCUUCAUUCUACCACCAUUAGAUUCACAAUCCACUUCAGCAUCCGCCUCCACCACCUUUCCACAUUGUGGCCUCUCCAGGUUCCAACAGGUGGUUCUUCUUCUUCUUCUUAUUCUAUGCUAUAUUGGCGAUCACCCAAUUUAAUAUGCAUUCUGCCACCUACUGUGCGGGAUGGAAACAUGAUUCCAAAAUAUGGAAGAAAAUAAAACAAAAAAUACCAAACUACCAAAAUAUAAAUAAACUAAACCAAACAACUUUUUAAAAAAUAAAUAAAUAAAUAAAACACAAAUCUGUUCCCUACACAGGCUCAAGGGGAACCUGGGAGGACGGGCCACCUUUUUAACACCCAGGAUAUCAAACAUUUACUGCAGGCUGUGGUGUGUCCACCACCAUGUCUUUACUAGCAUCAAUUGUUUUCUCAAUUCUUUUAAUCGCCUCCACAUAGGAGAUUCGAUUGACCGCUCUAACUUUUGCCACCUCAAUCUCCGUCACCCUUACAGGGCACUUCAGGUAAUUGGGAUCAUGAUCCCCACCACAAUUGCAACACCGUCGUCCUUCUACACACCGUUCUUCAAUAUACUCUGUCUGUCUGCACACACUUGAAACAUGGCCAAAUCCUUUACAAUUCUACAACUGCAAUGGUUUGGGGACAAAAGCUCUUACAUAACCAAGCUUCACAUGCGUAGGUACUUGCUCUUUAUAAAAAAAAACAGGACAUACAGCAUUUCUUCUCUUUCUCCAUUUAACCAGUGAGUCAGACGCCGGGCACCAAUCACACCAGGAAUUCUCUUCAGGGAUUUAACCUGAACAUCCGUCGUCACCCCUGAGAUGACUCCUUUGACCGGUGCUCUACUGCGAAGUUAAAACCACAAACCUUCUGUUGUCCGGAUUCUUUUGAGGCUCACUGCAAUCUUCCUCUGUUCUUCAGAAAUACAAUUAAUCAAAAUAAGACCACUCCUGGUCACUCUGACAGACUCCACUUUUCCCAAAGAGUACUUCACCAUUUUCAACACCUAAAACGGGUCUUCCACAUAUGCACCCCUACUCAAUAAACACAUCCCAACAAGAAGUGAUUCAUUAUAAUUCAUACAAGUAUCAUCCACUCCAAUUUUAGACUAUUUCCUUUUUUUCCCCCAGUUUUCGAAACUACUGUUGUCCUUUCAGAACAUUUAUCUUCACCAACUUUGCUCAACGCUCUGCUUGAUUCAAACUCUUCAUCCAUCUUUCCCCAACCAUUUUCGAACCCUGCUUCUUCUUCUUCUUCGGGAUUGGGAUCGCAUCUGACUUAAAGGUUCAUACACCGCCACCUUCUGUACUAAAGUGUGAGGCCAGUCACGGCUGACCUACAUUAAAUUCUCUUCAUUAUUCCUGUUUCUAAAAGGAAAAACAUGCACCACCUAACCCUACACCACUAUUUCAUCAAAAUUUAAAUCACCACCCCAUUUACCCUAACCCUAAUCCUAAAAUUGCAUACAUCCAGGUACUUCUCUGCAGCUGCCACCUAAACUCAUGAAAACCCCACUAACCCAUUCCACUACUUUGACCCUAUUAGCUCCUGCUCUAAGCUCAAAUCUCGUAUACCCAAAUACUUCUCUGCAGCUGCCACCACAACAUAUAUUCUCUGUGAUUUACGUUCCAUUUCUGCGGUACAGUUAAUAACCAUUGCUAUGAACGCUAAGAAGCCAACCUUACUGAAGCAUAACUCACUUGUUGCCCUAACUGUUAGGACUUUUAGGAAUAAAUGACGAAACAAUAUUCCCAUUAUAAAUAGAACUAUAACUAAGUAAACUUAUGCUCUGUUUUAUUAUAUCUGAUUAACAAUAUGAAUUCAUAAGUGAGGGAUUGUGGAGCCUGAAACAGGGGGUAAUUAAAUUAAAUAAAUACCAUUCCAGCCAGGUUGGAGAAGAUUGGAAGUUGGGGUUUUUAACUAAGCAGAAAAGGUCAUUAACCUAUGGUUGAACCGACACAACUUAGACCUGGGAUGUUUAGAUAAGGCAGUGAGUGCUUUCCCAGGUUUUCCGUUAACUGGAACUGUCAGCUAAGUGGUGAUGGAUAAUGAUGAGGAGUCAAGAGUUAAUUCAGUUAUAUUGUGUGUCAUGUGUGUGCGCUAGUAGUCGGAAUGAACUUUUAAACCUGCUUUGUCUUGGUCGAGAGGAGGAGAAUCAUUCUAGAACCAAUGACGUCAUAUUUUGUAUAUAAACUGUUGUUCGUGGUUACAUGGCAGCGCGCUCCGAGAAUAAAUACUAUUAUCUAUUUUUGAUAAGACUGGUCUCCGUCUAUUUUAUACAAAUAAGAAUCUUACAAAUUCUCAUAAAAUAGACUAAGUGAAUUCAAUUAAUGAAAACAUAUUGGAAAAAUGAAAUUAUACCAACACUAACCCUCUGUGCUGGCACAAAUCUACUACUAUCCCUCACCCUUGACCCAUCCUCCUCCACUCUCUUCAUUACCUCAGCAUACACCCUCUGCACUAUUCGGACUCUGGCCACAUCAACCUGCCUCUCUCGCACCUUACACCGCCGAUCCGCCGGCAAGAUGAGCACCCCUACCAUUGACACACAACUUUAUCCACCAAAACUAUACCUCUGUCCCAUGCCCUCCUGCACAAUUCACACAUCUUGGAAUCUCCUUCCUACACACUGCUGCAACAUGACCAUGAAACUCUAACAGGAUAACUGAUAUAUCCUAACAUGACUUUGUCUGGUAGAGGCUCUGACAGGCUUGGGUUACCGGUGGGGAGCGUAGUAAAACUCUAAAGGGCUGACAAUGAUUCCUCUGUUUUACUACGCUCCCCACCGGUUCUACGUCGCACCAAACGGCGGGCAUCACAAACACCAGGAAUUUUCAACUUAAAUUGCUCCACCUCCAAACUUAACGCUACUCCUUUCUAUGAUGCCCUGUUCCUAAGAGCAAAGCAAGAAACAGAUAUUGACCCAAGUUACGUAACCCAAGCCUGUUCCCUCUGUUCAGAAGAAACACAAACAAAUAUCACAAGUCCACUACAGGCUACCUUCACUGAUUCAACUGCUCCCAACUCCUUUCUCACCCACCCUGAAACCACAAAUAGAUCAGCCAAAAGGCAAGGGUCCACUUUCUCCAAAAAUGUAACUCCUACUGGUCCAGAUUCUUCUUUAUCAUGUCUGAUGCCAUUCUUCCUAAACAUUCAUCUUCCCAAUUACACUUGGCUCUUCAUCUUCCUCGCUGUGUAUAAACACAUCUAUCCGUUCUCCACGCUCUUGCUGCACCUUCAUCCACUACAUUGCUUGUAGAGCACGCACUGAUGGCGCUCCUCCAAACCCAACUUCUGUUAAUUAGCCCACUUAACAAGUCUGGCUAUCGCUGACCUCUCCAUGCUUCCUUCACCUUACAAACAUUUACCACACCGACGACUGACUAUAUUACCCCAACCAUGCUUCUAAUAUGGAAAUAAUAAUGUCCCAUAAAUACUUUAAUAUUUUAAAUUCUUCAGCAUUUUGCUUCGAUAGGCUAUCAAUUUAUGACGUGGAAAUGUCUCAAUGUAUUUAUUUUGUCUCAAAGAGUCUCUCUCUCACACCAUCGCACAAACACACCCUUUCUGGGCGGUGCAAUGCUUAAUAGGCUAUGCUCUAUCUAUCCUGAGGGAGUUGCAGUGAUCCUCCUAGCUACAUUUUCCCCAGCAGAUCCGAGCACAUUAGAUGUGUUUGUCAUUGGAAAGGGUUUCAUUUCUAUAAAGUAAGUACCGUCUAUCAACAGAUAACAGAUUAACAUAUAUAUUUACGCUUAACAGAUGGUUGUUCUAAGAAUAAGGAAAGCCCACAAAAGACGUUAUGCACUUCUAUGUUUGAGCAUUGUUGGCUUCAUCAUGUACCGGUACCUGGGUACUGCGCCCGGAGGCAGGAGAAUGAGCAGGAGAGUAGGUUUGAGUGCCAACUCGUCCCAGUUCACCUUGGAGGGAGAAACAUUCCGUAUUCUGGGGGGAUCCGUCCACUACUUCCGGGUCCCUAGAGCCUACUGGAGAGACCGCCUGAUGAAAAUGAAGGCUUGUGGCAUCAACACCCUCACUACAUAUGUACCAUGGAGCUUACAUCAGCCAGAGAGAGGGGUUUUCCACUUUCAAACAGAGUUGGAUUUAGAAGCCUACAUUAACUUGGCUGCUGAGGUAGGACUCUGGGUGAUCCUGCGUCCAGGGCCAUACAUUUGCUCUGAGCUCGACCUAGGAGGGCUACCGAGUUGGCUUCUUCGUGACGAGAGUAUGAGGUUGAGGACUACUCACCCAGGAUUUGCUGAGGCAGUCAACACGUUCUUUGACAAGCUCAUUCCAAAAGUGGUUCCUCUACAGUUCAAGAAAGGAGGGCCCAUCAUUGCUGUACAGUUGGAAAAUGAAUAUGGAUCAUUUGCAAUGGAUAACACUUACAUGCCUUUCAUCAAGGAGGCUCUACAGUCCAGAGGAAUCAAUGAGCUCUUACUGACGUCAGAUAACCAUGAGGGAUUAAAGGAAGGGGGUGUGACGGGGGUAAUCAGAACAGUGAAUCUACAGAAACUAAAUCAGGGGGACAUCAAGUAUUUGAAUGCUAUUCAGCCCAAUAGCCCCAUGAUGGUGAUGGAGUGCUGGACAGGCUGGUUUGAUGCAUGGGGAGACCUCCACCAUGUCCUCGCUCAAGAGGAUAUGGUUUCUGCUGUACGGGAGAUUCUGAGACGCGGCAUGUCCAUCAACCUGUACAUGUUCCACGGAGGGACUAACUUUGGCUUCAUGAGUGGAGCACUGACAAACCCAAUCUACAAGGCACUAAUCACAAGCUAUGAUUAUGAUGCACCUCUGUCCGAAUCGGGAGAAUACACGCCAAAGUAUCACCUUCUCAGGGAUCUAUUCAGUCAGUACCACAGUGAGAAGCUCCCUGAUAUGCCAGCCCUGCGUUGGAAGGAGACGUAUGAGCCAGCCAUCAUGUACCAGCACCUCUCUCUGUGGGACGCCUUGCCCUUCGCUGAGGAGCCAUUUAAAUCACCAACCCCAGUCAACAUGGAGAAUCUCCCAGUGAACAGUGGGAAUGGCCAGUCCUAUGGCUAUACCCUCUAUGAGACCAUUAUAACCAGCGGAGGCUCCCUCAAGUCUGGAGACAAUGUACGGGACAGAGCCCUGGUGUUUGUGGACAGACACUACAUUGGCAUUUUCAAGCAUCAGAAUCUGGAGCUAGCGGUGCCUGAUGGAAAGGAGAAACGGACAUUGAGCUUACUGGUUGAGAACUGUGGACGAGUUCACUAUGGGAAAGCUCUAGAUAAACAGCGCAAAGGUCUCGUAGGUGACAUUCUAUUGAACAACAGUCCUUUGAGGGACUUCACGAUAUACAGUCUGGAUAUGAAAACCAGCUUUAUUGAUAGCCUCAACCAGGCGCCUUGGAUGUCCCUUCCACACGUUCCCAGUUUCCCUGGAUUCUUCCUGGGAAGAAUGUUUACCUACGGCUAUCCAAGUGACACCUUCGUCAAGCUACCAGGCUGGGGCAAAGGGGUAGUCUUCAUCAAUGGUUUGAACCUGGGGCGCCACUGGUAUAUCGGCCCCCAGCAAACACUCUACCUCCCAGGACCUUUUCUCAACAGUGGAGUAAACCAGGUCAUUGUGUUUGAAGAGCAGGAAGCUGAUUAUAAAAUCACGUUUGAAGAGACUCCUGAUCUGGGCAUGGCUGUGGACAUUCAGUAACUGCAUUCCCAAGCUACUGUACUUUUAAUAAACAAUAAUACUGGAUGGAUCUUAUUUUAAAUUUUUCUCUGGGACCCAAAAUGCUGUAGAUUGUAUGGGGAUAACUCACCAUACAAUAUUGUUCAUAAUUUUAUUGACAUAAAUAUCAUCCAAACUGGAUUUGUAUUGAAUCUAGUAACGAGAACAAAAUAUCACAGCCUAAAAACAAAGCUAUUUUCAACUGGAAUCAUUGUGUUGGCUAAACAAGUCAUCAACGUCUGUAUGUGUCAUGAUGACAAGUAUUUUGGUUAUAACAAAUGGCAUGUCAUGUUAAUGAUAGCAUUCUGGUGACCCUUGCUUCCAAACAAAAUGUUAUACCUGUAUCAUCUGACCACUGAUUGAUAGACUACAAGAGCUUCAGCAGUUUUAUUUUAGUAUUCAUCAAAUUGGCAAAUAUGAGUUAGUGUGCUGUAUGUGCUUGGCACUUCAAUAAUGUAUCUUCCCUGAGACCAGGACUGUAUAGGACUAAUUAAUACAAAAUUAAACCAAUGCUAUGAUUUUGAACAGAAAUUACAAUAUCAACAAGAAUAAUAAACCACGUCAAACAAGGAAAGCAAAGAGAUGCUGACAUACUAAGUACAUUUUUAUGAUCGUAUUUACAUAUAAAUAUUACAGUGGCAGUUUACAAUGCAGAAGUAUUCCUUCUGUUUACCUUUGAAUAUCAAAUCAAAGGUCAAUAAGUGGCGUUUGGGGUCCAGACUGGUCAGAAAAUGACAUACUGUAUCAAGGGAAGACUAUUACUGGCAUGUAUCCUGUGACUGUAGUAUGUGUUGUGAAAUAAUAAUAUUGCAUUGACUAGCAUUAUAACAUUUAUUUUUUA